AUGAAGAUUAUCAGUUCUAUUUUGCUUUUUAGCGCUACUGCGCUCGCCCACCCAAAGGGCCUUUGGUGGGGUACCGACUACUGUUAUCCUAGCCCGGACAACACCGAUAACUCGUGUUCUCCCUCCCAGCACACGGGUUUCGACUGGUCGGAGCUGGCCAACGGAGAUAACUGGAGCUUUGAAGGCUUCAAUUUCAAUGGCUUUUCAGCUAAAGAAGGGUGCCGUGCUUCGGGGGGCAAAUGUAUCGAGGGAAAACUAUCACAAGAUGACAACUGGGCCAUCCAGAUCGAUGCUGAGCAAGCUCCAUUCUCAGUUCGCAAUUUCCAUCUCUCAACCUCCAGGAAGGCCGAUGUCAUCAUUACCUAUGGCCUGGCAGAUGGUAGCUCCUGUCACCAGGUAGCGUCCGUUUCUCCAGGUGGUUCUGAUGUUACCAAUGACCAGUGUGGUGGUGCGGUGUCAGUCCAAUUCCAGCUGGCCGCGUUCGAUCAAUAUGGUGAUGUUGAUCUAGAGCUGAAUCAAAUCGGCUUUGACUGUGGUGCCGGUCCAAAGCCUCCUGGCCCUCUCGUCGCCUCGCCAUCACACUCUCACCCAGGUAACACCAUGUCAACUCCUGCCGCCGAGUGGACACCGACCUCAUCCAUUCCAGUGCAUAUUUCAACCCCUACAACCAACCCUCCGGUUAUGACAACUUCUACUGUGUGGUCUACUGUCGUAUCUACCGUGACGAAGUGCCAUUCAACCGUCACCGACUGCCCUGCCCAUUCGACUGUACUUACAACUUUCACCACUUCCUCAACUACCGUGUGCCCUGUUGAGCCCACGGUAACCGAACCUGUCAAGUCUUCUCCUCAGACCAUUGCUCCACCAGCGGAGACAACCUCAACAGUGACAAUUCCCACCAUUCCCGGGCCACCUGAGACUCCCCCCUGCCCUGCCAUCGUUCCUAAGUGCUUGAACACUUGGCUCGACAUUCCCCAUUGCACUUCGAACAGUGAUGCCGCGUGCUUCUGCCCUUCAAAUGAGUUCACGGCCAAGUUCAAGUCUUGUGUCCACGCUUGGAGCUCCUCUCAAGAGGAAACCGACUCUGCGCUCUCAUACUUUGCCGGUAUCUGUGCAUCAUAUAUCCCAAAGAACCCAGAUAUCAUCAGUCUCGUCCCAACCAGCACCCCUGCUAGCACUCCACUUCAUCCAACUAAGCCAUAUGUAUCCGGCCCAGUCGAGACCAUUGCCCCGACCACCUCAGUUCCUGAGCCUCCAUGCACAACCGUUACCUGGUCUUCCAUCACAGCGACCGUUCCCCGUGUCGGUUUCAGCACGAGCACUGGCCCCUCUACCACUGUGGUUGGCUUGGUAACUGGUGCCGGAACACCUGGUGGCUGGACAAGUGCCACGUCCGUUUCUACUGUGACAUCUGUCAUCGCUGUUCCCGCUUCAUCGCCUACAUGCAAAUCUUCCUUCACAACAGUCAUCACCAUGACAUCGACGGGCUGUGCUUGCGAUGCGUCCACCUCUGCUACCGCUACUGGCGCCCAGCCAACUAGCUCUGUAAUCAACUCUAACUCUGGAUCCAGAGCGUUUGCAGGUAGCCUAUGGGCUCUUGGUGUGGCUUGUUUUGUUAUUGCUCUGUUCUAA